AUGAGCCAUGGUGGUGAUGCAAUAAUUACGUCUUUGCUCCAAUGGAUGAAGGCAAAGAAUAACAUCGGGGUAUCUUCCAAAGAAAGUUUCGUAUCUUUGAAAGUCGGAGCCAAAGAUUUUGGAGAUGAAGGUAGAGGUUUAGCUGCUAAUGAUAAUAUAGUGCAAAAUGAAGAAAUCAUAAAAAUCCCCCAUUCUUACCUCCUAAAUGCCCACACUAUCAUCCGUCACAUCUCCCAUUUUAACAAACAUACCCAUUUGAAUGAACAUUACUCCAAUAUUGACAUAUCUUACGAAGAAGAACCAAAAGAUGAGGUUACUCAAAUAUAUUCCAAAAUUCAGUACAACGAAAUGGUAGGUUUACUGUCUUUCCAAUUGGUAUCAUUAUACCUUUGUUUGGAAACUGGUCGACAGAAUUCCUUCUGGAAACCUUUCCUCGACUCAUUACCAGACAUCAAAGCAUUCAAUUGGACUCCUUUAGUAUGGGAGGAAACGGGGUCAGGCGAUUUAAUAGAAUUCUUACCUUCAGAAGUCAAAGAACAUCAUUCACAAGUAAGUCAGAGAUACAACAGAGAUAAAGAGGCAGUUAAGAAGUUCUUGACAUCGAAACUUCCAGAAACAACAUCGGUUGAUAAGUAUAUCACAUCACAAAGAUACCUUUGGGCUUGGAUGUGUAUAAAUUCACGUUGCCUUUACAUGGAACUACGGGAAAGUAAUGACAAUGCCGAUAAUUUUACUAUGGCACCGUUAGUUGAUUUUGUCAAUCAUUCCGAUGAUGAUCAUUGUCGACUCAAAAUCGAUAACAAAGGUUUCCAUGUCAUAACCACCACCAAAUAUGAACCUCAGAGCCAAAUUUAUUUAAGCUACGGUCCACAUUCCAAUGGGUUUCUUCUUUGUGAAUACGGAUUCGUGUUGCCUUCCAAUAAAUGGAAUGAUAUUGACAUAUCUCGCUAUAUCAAACAAGAUCUCAAUGAAGAUCAGGUAAAGUUUUUGAAACAGUACGAAUAUUUUGAUAAUUAUACGAUCGGAAAAGUUUCAGGAGUAUCUUAUAGGACAGAAAUAGCUCUAGCUGUGAUGCAAGAAUCCAAACCUUUCAAUUCAAGAAAGCUAUUAGCUUAUGUCAAAGGACUCACUGAUGGUGAAUCUUAUGGUGAAUCUAGCAAGGAGAUCUUACAUGAUAUACUUAACGAGGUAGAGUCUGACAUUAGUGGAAAAAGAGCUCAAAUCAAAGAAAUCCAUGAUGAAUCUAAAAGAGUUAUCAUCCAAUUGUACCUGGACAUCGAAGAAAUCAUCGAUGCCACCAAGUUAUCGUUUAUUAAUGCAUAG